GUCAGAGCGAGCAAGCAUGGGGAGCCAGAGUAGUAAAGCAAGCCUGAUGCACGCAGAGUGAGCAGCAAGGAAAAGAAGAGAGACACUUCACAGCAGUGAGGACUGAAGACUAAUUCAGUCUGAGAGAAAGAAAAAAGGAGGGCGCAAGAAGACUCUGAGAAGAGCAGCUGAGGGACGAAGCUACAGUGUGUCAACUCCACACACACUCUUCGCAUCCCAACUGUUAAUCUUGCAUCUCGGCAUCUCGUAACAAGAAGACAUCUGUACAACAAUGAUAUCCUGGCUUCUUCUUCUUCGUCUUCUUCUGUGCUGCUUUGCCAACACGGGGAGCGCCGCUGUGUUCACCCAGCAGCCCACGGACUUGGUGGUGGUAGCGGGACAGCCGGUCACACUGCCCUGCUCCAUCCCGGGUUACCAUGGCAUGGUUCUGUGGCUGCGUGAUGGGAUGGCCCUGGGUGUCAACAGGGAUCUGUCAGGCUAUCCACGAUAUGACAUUGUUGGAGACCACAGUAAAGGAGAAUAUCACCUCCUGAUCCAGAGAACAGAGAUACAAGACGAUGCUUUCUUUGAGUGUCAGGCGAUCCAGGCGGCGAUUAGAUCACGACCUGCCCGUCUCACUGUUCUGGUUCCUCCUGACGACCCUGUAAUAGUGGGCGCUCCGGUGGUGAGUUUACGCGCCGGAGACCACCUCAACUUAACAUGUCACGCCGACAAUGCCAAACCCGCUGCCUCCAUCAUUUGGAUACGCAACGGCCUGGUCCUGAGUGGGGCUAUGUACUCUAAGACCCUGCUGCGGGACGGUAAGAGGGAGAGCACCGUCAGCACACUCUAUUUGUCUCCCUCCAACAUCGAGUCAGGUCAGCAGAUCACCUGCCGAGCUUCAAACAAAGCAGCGCCCAAUGGAAAAGACGCCACGGUCACUAUUGACAUCCAGCACCUGCCCAUUGUCAACCUCACUGUGGAGCCUCAGCCCGUCCUGGAGGGAAACCUGGUCCGAUUCCACUGUGCCGCCAAAGCCAACCCACCCGUCAUCUACUACAGGUGGGCCAAGGGAGGAAGCGUAAUCCCGGAUGUGUCAGGUGACACCUACGAGGUUCUGGUGGAUCACUCUUUCUUCACUGAGCCUGUAUCCUGCGAAGUCACCAACGCACUGGGAAACACUAACAUCAGCCGGAAUGUGGACGUCUACUUUGGUCCGAGGAUGGCGGCGGAGCCUCAGUCUCUGCAGGUGGACCAGGGAUCAGAUGCUGUUUUCAGCUGUGCUUGGACUGGAAACCCAUCUCUGACUAUUGUUUGGAUGAAACGAGGCUCCGGAGUGGUGCUUAGCAACAAGAACACUCUGACACUGAAAGCGGUAAAGCAGGAGGAUGCUGGGAAGUAUGUGUGUCGGGCUGUGGUCCCUAGAGUGGGCGCCGGCGAAAAGGAGGUGUCGCUCACGGUGAAUGGUCCUCCCACUAUCUCUAGCACCCAGACCCAGCAGGCGCUCUAUGGAGAGAAGGGUCAGAUCAAGUGUUUCAUCCGCAGCACCCCCCCUCCGGACCGCAUCGCCUGGUCCUGGAAGGAGACGGUGCUGGAGUCGGGGACAUCAGGGCGCUACACGGUGGAGACAGUGAGCACCGAAGAGGGAGUGAUCUCCACGCUGACCAUGAGUAACAUCGUCCCUGCUGAUUUCCAGACUAUUUACAACUGCACAGCGUGGAACAGCUUUGGCUCUGACACCGAGAUCAUCCGCCUCAAAGAACAAGAGACUCUGAGGCUGGCUGUCAUCAUCGGCGUGGCGGUGGGCGCUUUCCUCGCCCUUUCCAUCCUGUUGGGGACGCUGGGCGCCUUUUGCUGCACUCGAUUCCAGAGAAAGGAUGUCCAUCUGGUCAUGUCGUCCUUGCCUGUGUCCCUUUCGCGCCAGAGAGAUGUGAAAACAGAGAAUCUCAAAGGAGUGGUUUCAGCAAAAAAUGACAUUCGGGUGGAGAUUGUCCACAAGGAUCACAAUGCAGCGAGGGAGAGCGAGGAGCAUACGAGCAUCAAGCAGAUGAUGAUCGACCGUGGUGAGUUCCAGCAGGAGCCGGUGCUGAAGCAGCUGGAGGUUCUCCAGGAGGAGGAGAAGGAGUUCCAGCAUAUCAAGGACCCCACCAACGGCUACUACAGCGUCAACACCUUCAACGAGCACCACACCACACCCACCAUGUCCCUGGCCACCAGUCAGACUCCCGACGUAGUCCGAAGUCCCCCGGCUGGAACUAUGACUAUCGGUAAGCAGAGGGUGCCCACCGGUAUGUCCUUCACCAACAUCUACAACACCCUGGGCGCCGGCCCCAACCGCCUCUACGACUACAGCCAGCGCUUCGUCCUCGGCAUGGGCAGCAGCUCCAUCGAACUCUGCGAGCGGGAGUUCCAGCGGAGCUCGCUCAGCGACUCCAGCUCCUUCAUCGACACGCAGUGCGACAGCAGCGUCAGCAGCUACAGCAAGCAGGACGGAUACGUGCAGUUCGACAAGGACAGCAAGACCUCGGCCUCGUCUUCCUCUCACUACUCCCAGUCGUCCUCCCAGAACUCAGACCUCACCAGGCCUCUGCAGAAACGCAUGCAGACCCACGUCUAACGGCUGCUGGGGCCUGGACCGAGACGACGAGGACGGAAGGAGACGUUCAAGGAGCCAUCUUACCUACAUACUGAGAAGCCUUUGCAGUACUCGACUGGUAUUCCAAUAAAGGGACAUAAAACAGUUUGUAGUCGACUUUUGACUUUAAAACACCUGGAUGAAACAGCUGGAAUCAAAGUGCAACAUCGUAAUCAUGAGCCAAGUUAAAAAAAAAAAAAAAAAAAAUCCAUGACAAUCAUUUGUCUGCUUUUGCUCAUAAUUGACAAGAAACACAGUUGUUUGCUGCUGUCCCUUUUUUGUACUUUAAAGACUGCCUUGACAUUUGCACCCAUAGGUGCAAAGUAAAGAAAUGGUAAGUUAUGGUAAAAGGAUCAAAAAGAAAAAAAGAAAAUCAGACAAAAAAAUGAGCAGAUUUUGUAUUAAUGAGAAACUCUGGCUGCUGUGAGCUCAGCUCCCCUUCUGACAUUUGAGCGCCGAGGCUAUUGUUAAAAUCUGAAAAUGCGAGCGCAGUGAAGGAGAAAACAAUGUGAGCUGGCACAGCAGCAACUGUUGGAUGUCACUCAUUUCCUGUACAUGUGUUACCACAACACCUUGGUGACUUUUAACUUUUCCUGCUUUAGAAAACGGGGUCUCUUUUGUAUAAUGUGCUGUACAUUGUUUUUGGCUCUUUAAUGGCUCUUCUUUUUUGAACAUUGUGACAAUUUCUUUGCCUUUUUUCGGUGUAUGCUUUUGCAAAGGAUCAUUCCUCAUGAACUGAUCACAGAAUGCAUGGAGAAGAGGACAUGCCAUCUCGUCACACAAAGCCAACUCUCAAAGGACGCUUUUGUUCCAUCACCUGCUGCUUUUCCGAGUUAUUAUUUUUCCGUUUCCCUCCUGAAAGGACCUUACGAUGUUUACAAAUGUAGCGCAAGGGUAUUGAGAUCUGUACUUUUCCCAUUUAAUGUGAGACACUUGCAGCUUGUGUGUGUACUGUAUCUCUGGAAAAGCACUUUCUAGCUGCCAGAGCAGGUUUCUCAUUUCCAUAUUUGGCUGAUAUCGUGUUGUUUACACUAGCGCUCUGUAAAACCCAGCAUUUUGUGUACUGUGAUUUGACUACUGAAUGACAAUGGGCGAAGUUAAAGUGAGGUCCUUGCCGUCUGAUAUUUCUUAGCUUCCAGAGACUUUGAUGCUCACUGUUUUAAGUGAGCCAGAACGCUAGAGCUGGUGACAAAAGGCUAUCAUUAGUUUGAAGCCUAACAAUUAGACCGCUGCUCUCAAGAACAAUGGCUAAAAAAAGAAGGAUGAGCAAACACGUGUACUGUCACAAUUAUCAGUUUGAGCACUUCUAUGAGGAAAUUAAGAUAAGCCUAUAUGCGAUGAUUAUGAGUGUCUGGGGUGGUUAAAUGGCCUAUCAGUCAUAGCAGCCGCACAAUAAAAUUGCGCUGCAACAACCACCUCAGAUCUAAAGGGCAAUCAGCCAAUCCAAAUGACAGACAAGUCCAAUAUGACACAGCUGACAAACGCAAAUAAUACCGUUCAGGAUUGUCUCGGAGGGAAGUGAAGAAAGCACAAAGUGGUACAUUGCAUAGCUACUCACGUUCUACAAAUGACUAUAACUGAAUAGCAUGGGUUGAUGUACUGUCAUUACUAAGCACUUACAAGAUGUAUUAGGCUCACUUUUACUGUGUAAUAAAUGAAUCUCAUCACUGUCAUUUUGGGGAAUCUUACCUUACAUUUGGGAGUUUCUGUUGUAGACAUGACAUUACUGUACAGAAAGGAAGAUUUUGUGCCAACGUUGUGUUUUGAUUAAAGAAAACAAUAUACCUC